AUGGGCGCCACGACCGCCGACUCCCGUUCCUCCCUCGGCGCCGGUCCCUCCUACGACGACGAGGCUCGCACUAGGCUCUUCGACGACUAUGAUUCACUGGGCGGCGACAGCGCACUCGAGAACCAAAGGACUCCGCAUGCCCCCAAAGUCACUCCCGUCCCAAAGGCAGAGCUGGCCACCCUCUGCGCAGUUAGAAUCGUCGACCCCAUUGCGUUCACCCAAAUAUUUCCAUACGUGAACGAGAUGAUGGAGCACCUCCACCUGACCAAUGACCCAUCUCGGAUCGGCUUCUACAGCGGCAUCGUGGAAAGUAGUUUCGCCUUGGCACAGGUAGUUUCAAUCUACCAGUGGGCCAAGCUAUCCGAUUCUAUUGGUCGUCGACCAGUGGUUCUCCUCGGCAUGUUUGGUAUCGGACUGGGCACGCUGUUCAUGGGCAUGUCCACAUCGCUCUUUGGCGUGAUCUUUGCAAGAUGUCUAGGUGGUUUCUUCUCGGGCAAUGUAGCUGUAGUCCACUCAGUCCUAGGAGAGAUUACCGACUCCACAAACCAAGCGAUAGCAUUCCCCAUCUAUGGCCUGUGCUGGCCAUUAGGUGCCAUCAUCGGCCCGCUUAUAGGUGGUCUAUUGUCAAAUCCUGCGACAAAGUAUGCUCGAUGGUUCGACAAUGACUUGUUCAGGCAAUACCCGUAUCUCCUUCCGUGCAUUGCAGCUUCUGCGAUCGCAUUUGCGGGGACUCUGUUCGGCUUCUUCUAUCUCAAGGAGACAUUGCCCAGCAGGCAUUUCAAGAGCAAAGAGGACACUCCUUUGGAUGAGUACCAUGGCUCUGGUACAUUCGGAGCUCCAGUCGAACCUAUCAGCAUGCGGUACCUCCUGAAGAUCCCUCUCGUCCGGGCUCUUUGCUUGAGCGGUGCCGGCCUUUCAUUCAUUACUACCGGAUUUGACGUGUCUUUCGUGCUCUUCUGCUACACCCCGCUCGCCCAAGGCGGCCUCUCCUUCGACGCACAGAAGAUCGGGUAUGCGCUCUCCAUCUCGGGCUUGGUCUCGAUCCUCCUCCAGAUAGCGGUCAUGCCCUUCGUCCUCCGCCGCUUCGACCACGCGUGGACGUACAAUGCCUGCAUGGCGCUCUGGCCCUUCUGCUUCGUCCUCCUUCCCGCACUCAACGUGCUCGCCCGCGCGGGCGCCGCGGACCUCGCCGCUGGCACCCUCACCGAGCACGGCCGCGCGGUGGUCUGGCUCGCGGUCAGCGGCGUCAUGGUGAUAUCACGCACCGCGGCCCUGGCGUUCUCCGUCAGCAUGAUUCUCGUCAAAGAGGCUGCGCCAAGCCCGUCGUCGCUCGGCGUCACGAAUGGGAUCACCCAGUUCGCAAUGUGUCUCUCGCGGUCUUUCAGCCCCGCGUUCGCAAGCUCGCUCAUGGCGUUCUCGAUGGGCUACGACCACAUCCUUCUCAAGUACCUUUGGGUGCUCAUCAUGUCUCUCAUCGCUUUCUUCUGCACGACUCUCUCACGCCGCAUCGCCGAGGGACGCCGGCCGCACCCGCCACGGUAG